AUGUUUGGCCCUUUUCGCAGUACACUUGCCCGACUUGGAGGUUUAGUUAAGAAAGAUCCCUGGAGGUUGUCACACAAUCGAAAAUAUCGUCUCCGUCAACGACUUCGCGGCGUUGAUCAGGUUGUCGAUGUCCUACGUUCUGCUUUGUCAAAACAAAAUGAAUCGGUACAUGCCAUUGAAAGCUUUGCGGCUACAAAUCCAAAAGAAUCUGAAAUGACACCCAAAGAUAAGUACACUGUGUUCACCAGAAAAACACAGGGUUCUGGCCCUGGUGGAUUUCGCAAAUCUAUACAUAAAGUGCCUAAAUGGACCAAGAUUACUCAUCGCACCAACCCUGAAGGUUUUUAA